AUGUUGCAGGACACACACAAUCAAGCUGGCAUUGGACAUAGAGGACGCAUAGUUUCACUUUUAAAUCUUCUUGAUGUGAAAUAUUGGGAAAACGUAGUAGAUUUCAGAGAGGCUGGAGGUAUUCAAAAGCUUCAAGACAACAACUUCACCGUUCAACCGACUAAGGAUUGUGUGGUAAGGACAUUAAAGAGGCAAGAAAGAAGAUUCAUGGACGACAUGUGA